AUGUCUCCAACGAUCGCCAACCUCCAAACCCAGAUCAUUGAUUCGCUUCAGCAUAUCCAUUCACAAGCCCAGGACAAAAUAGUGCAUAACGAUAUUCUUCAAAAGAUACUUACUCCAGAACAACUUAACACAUUCACCAGCCCGCCAUAUUUCAUAGGGAUGCUCGUGCUGCUCAGUUCGAUAAUCUAUUGGUUAUCGUCUUCAGGAAAAUCUGAUGCUACGAAGCGCGGCGGGAAAAAGAAUAGUAAAAGCAAGAAAAAGGCCAAGAAGAACAAGAAGAGCAAGAAACCAGUGAUAGUGGAAACUCCUGAACAAAAAUUCUCCCGAGUGUUGCAGGGAAUUUUGACAAAGGUGGAGACCGAACUUUCUGUUAAAGUUGAUGAAUUCGAGGAUGCUUUGAAGAAAUAUAAAGAAUCAAAGUGUGAAGCUGGCGAGCAAGACCCUAAGGCCAAAGAUCAACUCAACUAUUCUUAUUUGUACUUAGAGGAAACCCUUUUGAAAGAGCUAAUGAAGCUUGAUGAGCUUGAGCAUAAUGGCGAUGAAGAGCUUAGGUUGCAGCGCAAAAAGGCAAUUAACUAUGUCCAAGGAUUGCACAAGAAGAUCGAUUUAUUGAAGAAGGAAUACUUCGAUUAA